AUGGCGGGGGGUGGAAAAGGAGAGUUGCGGAGGAGAAGUCGGGGAAAGGGUGGGGUGAAAUGGGAAGGAAAGGAAGUGGAGCGCGGUGAAAGGGGUGAAAAGGGAGAGCUGCGGAGGGGUAGUCGGAGAAAGGGUGGGGUGAAAUGGGAAAGAAAGGAAGUGGAGUGCGGUGAAAGGGGUGGAGAGGGAGAGCUACGGAAGGGAAAUCGGGGAAAUGGUGGGGUGAAAUGGGAAGGGAAGGAAGUUGAGCGCGGUGAAAGGGGUGGAAAGGGAGAGUUGCGGAGGGGAAGUCGGGGAAAGGGUGGGGUGAAAUGGGAAGGGAAGGAAGUGGAGCGCGGUGAAAGGGGUGGAAAAGGAGAGAUGCGGAGGGGAAAUCGGGGAAAGGGUGGGGUGAAAUGGGAAGGGAAGGAAGUUGAGCGCGGUGAAAGGGGUGGAAAGGGAGAGUUGCGGAGGGGAAGUCGGGGAAAUGGUGGGGCGAAAUGGGAAGUGAAGGAAGUGGAGAUGGCGGGUGGAAACCGUGGGGAGCGAGAAGCCGUGCGGGAGUGGCGAAGAAAGACCGUGGCGAUUCGAAACAUUUUGAAAAGUGGGGACAAAGACAGAGAGCUAGGUCAACAAGUGGAAUGCUCACUAAGAUUGUGGGCUGAGCCAUGGAGCAAUGAUUGUGGGCUGGACUGCUUCUCAAGGACGCAUCAAACUCGCCAGAUUGGGUGGAAAGGAGAGUUGCGGAGGAGAAGUCGGGGAAAGGGUGGGGUGAAAUGGGAAGGAAAGGAAGUGGAGCGCGGUGAAAGGGGUGAAAAGGGAGAGCUGCGGAGGGGUAGUCGGAGAAAGGGUUGGGUGAAAUGGAAAAGAAAGGAAGUGGAGUGCGGUGAAAGGGGUGGAGAGGGAGAGCUACGGAGGGGAAAUCGGGGAAAUGGUGGGGUGAAAUGGGAAGGGAAGGAAGUUGAGCGCGGUGAAAGGGGUGGAAAGGGAGAGUUGCGGAGGGGAAGUCGGGGAAAGGGUGGGGUGAAAUGGGAAGGGAAGGAAGUGGAGCGCGGUGAAAGGGGUGGAAAGGGAGAGCUGCGGAGGGGAAAUCGGGGAAAGGGUGGGGUGAAAUGGGAAGGGAAGGAAGUUGAGCGCGGUGAAAGGGGUGGAAAGGGAGAGUUGCGGAGGGGAAGUCGGGGAAAUGGUGGGGCGAAAUGGGAAGUGAAGGAAGUGGAGAUGGCGGGUGGAAAGCGUGGGGAGCGAGAAGCCGUGCGGGAGUGGCGAAGAAAGACCGUGGCGAUUCAAAACAUUUUGAAAAGUGGGGACAAGUUAGGUUGA